AUGUUGAAAGAGUUGGUGAAGGAGCGACUAUUGGCGGCAGCUGAUGAAAUAUUCGCGCUGUUUGAAAGCACGAUAGCGUCAUACGAGGAGGAACUUUCUCGAACGAGAGAGAAGGGACGACGUCGACAACACCUGGAAGUUGAUUGUGAAACUCCAACUGUGCUGCACUUUGAAGAUAUCCAAAGGAGCGCCACAAUAAAGCAGGUGGAUCCACAGCCCCCCUGCAUUAAAGAGGAAGCAAAGGAACUCUGGAUUACUCCGGAGGAAGAGUGCCUUCGUGGGCAGAGGGAGGCUGAUCUCACCAAGUUGCCACUGACCGUUGUCUCUGUAAAGACUGAAGAUGAUGAAGACGAAUCCUCACGGCUUCGUCACAGUCCAAGUGAGGAGAACAUAGUGGUGUGGGAGCCUCCGAGCAGCAGCUCACUACAACACAGAACAACAAAAGCGGAUGGAGGAUCACAAGCAGACGACCUCAUAGCUCCACUAUCAGAUAGUGACGACAUGACGUCUCACUCUGCCGAGGAUGAAGACAGCGACGACAACCGAGAGACUUUGAGCAGAGAUACAGACUGCGAAGGGGAUGACAAACACUCUGAACGCUUUAAAAGGAGGACGGGGAAACCACGUUGGACGCACGCAGGUGAAACACCAUAUUCCUGUUCGGUGUGCGCCAAAACAUUCACCCGGCACAGCAAUUUGACAGCACACUUGCGCACGCACGACGGGAGAAAACCUUUCGGUUGCACCGUCUGUGGUAAGGAAUUCUCCAGAAAAGUACGCAUGGAAUCCCACAUGUGGACUCACACGGGACAAAAACCUUUCCGUUGCUCGACGUGUGGCAAAACGUUCAUCACAAACGUCUCUUUGACUGGACACCAGAGAACGCACACCGGGGAGAAACCUUUUAGUUGUUCAGUUUGCGAUAGAAGAUUCUCUCAGAAGUCGAAUAUGAGGUCACACAUGAGAACGCACACAGGGGAAAAACCGUUCUCCUGUUCGUUUUGUGCUAGAACGUUCUCUCGGCAUGACAAUCUGAUGUCACACAUGCGGAUACACGACAGAUGCACAAACACAAAUGUUUCCCUGCCUAGUAAGUGCUUCAAAACAGUGACCUAGAAAGUGAUUAUGUACAUUUAAUUCUUAGACUUAGACCAACUUUAUUGAUCCACAAGGUAAAUUGUUAUACUAAAUCAGGGGUGCUCAUUACGUCGAUCGCGAGCUACCGGUCGAUCUCGGAGGGUGUGUCAGUCGAUCACCAGCCAGGCAUUAAAAAAAUUGUCCUAAAAAUGAGCGAUCAUAAAUCUUCACUAUGACGUCACUUUCGUCACUUGAUUGACAUUCACGGCACCCGAGGGUCUUCUGAGAUGAGCUUGUGCACAAGCUAGCAAGCUACGGAGUUUGCCGACAAUGUAUUUCUUGUAAAGUGUAUACAAAGGAGUACGGAAG